AGCCCGCGCGCGGCCAGAUGCGCUCGGUCCUAGACUACCGAAAUACCGGCUACACACCGCGAAGAAAAGGCAAAUAAGGCUGCACUGCAACGGAGUCUCUUUCUUUCUGUUACUCGCUGCAAGUCGGCCACGGAUCACUAAUGAAAACUUUGAACAGCAUUGAACCUAUUAUUGAAUCCUGCAGAGUCCUUCUAGAAACAGCUGCGUUUUGAGAUCUGUCAGUCAGGACCAAGAACUGCAGAACUACGUAGGGAGAGUGAGAGAGCAGCACUCCUCUAUUUUGAAAAAGGACCAGUGGAAGUAUGACUUCUUGUAAGAGUGAUGUGUUGUGGUUAGCCUGAUACGAUUAUCGUCAGUCACAGUGUAUUGAUUCAGACACGUGUGGUUAUCCUGAGAGGAGUCUCCCUGACAAGAAGCUGACUGUAUUUGUGACAGCAGAAGAAUGAUGCAGUGGUAGUUACUUUUCUGGGAUAACACCAAUAUAGGUAACAGAGAUGCAGUGUGUUUGUACUGCUUCAAUUUAAGUUUUGCCCUGGGUCUCUACAUGUCUUUACCACACUGCUACAAUGACAGUUUCCUCUAAUUAUGGAGCCCUCUCCACCCUGCUCUAGGUCCGUCGUGUCGUCCCUCUUCUCCCAGGCUCAUUGCCAAGGUCAUACCCUGCAUUAUUCCCAUCACUGGUGAUGCUUGCUCCAUGCAAAGUUGACAACGAUGCUCACUGAAUCAAGUGAAUGGACGGAUGCCACUUGGAGGUUGGGAAGUCUACAGUGGGCGCUCUUACUGUGAAGAUUUGCAUGCUAUCAACACAACACCCUUGGGAAGUAGGGAAGUACUGUUAUGCAUCAAUGAAGAACUGCGGUGCUGAGAAGCUAAUGGCAAAGCCCAGGACAUCUCAGUGCUUAGAUGACAUUUCUAGGCACAGAAAAACCAAACCACAAUCCACAAGGCCACAAAAGUCUCCUUAGACAAGCACCACUAUGCUCCCGGACUGAAAGGGCUUAUAAGGCAGAUACUCAUAGAAAUAAGGCCAGAGGGGACCACUGUGAUCGUUCAGUCUGACCUCCUGCUUACCAGGGGCCCUAGGAAGAUUUUGAACUAAUUUCUAUUUGAGGCCAGCAGUAUCAUACGACACAGCAGUGUUUUUGUCCACAUGACCUGUUAGUGGUGUGAAAGUGGUGCUGACCCAGGAAGGCCAGGUGAAUGACAGGAUAAAAGAGUAAUCAUGGUUUUUAAUGCAAAAACUGCAGAGCUCCUGAGCCACCAUCAAGUAGAAAUACAACAGAAGUUCCCUAAAGAAGGGUGGGUGGAGCAAGAUCCAAAAGAAAUCUUGCAGUCAGUCCAUGAAUGUGUGGAGAGAACAUGUGAGAAAUUGAAACAGCUGAACAUAGAUAUUACCAACAUAAAAGCUAUUGGAGUCAGCAAUCAGAGGGAGACAACUGUGGUUUGGGACAAGACAACUGGAGAACCUCUGUACAAUGCUAUUGUGUGGCUUGACCUGAGAACCCAGUCAACAGUUGAGAGGCUUCUUAACAGAAUUCCCGGGAAAAAUAAAUCCUUUUUUAAGCCUAGGACUGGUCUUCCACUUAGCACAUAUUUCAGUGCAGUGAAACUUCGAUGGCUGCUGGAUAAUGUGGAAGAAAUUAAGCAAGCAGUUGAUGAUGGACGCGCUAUGUUUGGCACCGUUGAUUCAUGGCUUAUAUGGAGUUUGACUGGCGGAAGGAAUGGAGGUGUUCAUUGUACUGAUAUGACUAAUGCCAGUAGAACAAUGCUGUUCAACAUUCAUUCCUUGGAGUGGGACCCUGAACUCUGCCAGUUUUUUGAUAUUCCUAUGGAAAUACUUCCAAAAGUGAGGAGUUCCUCUGAGAUCUAUGGCCUGAUGAAAAUCAGUUCUGCUGUGAAGUCUGGAGCUUUGACGGGUGUGCCAAUUUCUGGGUGCUUGGGUGACCAAUCUGCUGCACUAGUUGGACAAAUGUGUUUUAGGGAUGGACAAGCAAAAAACACGUACGGAACAGGCUGUUUCUUGCUUUGCAAUACAGGUCCAAAGUCUGUAUUUUCUGAGCAUGGCCUUCUGACCACAGUGGCUUACCAGCUGGGCAGGGACAAGCCUGUAUAUUAUGCACUAGAAGGGUCUGUUGCCAUAGCUGGUGCUGUUGUUCGUUGGCUGAGGGACAAUCUUGGUAUUGUGAAAUCUUCCCAGGAAGUUGAAAAACUUGCUGCUGAAGUGGGAACUUCUUAUGGCUGCUACUUCGUGCCAGCAUUUUCAGGACUCUAUGCACCAUACUGGGAACCCAGUGCAAGAGGUAUUAUCUGUGGCCUUACUCAGUUUACAAAUAAAAAUCACAUUGCCUUCGCUGCAUUAGAGGCUGUCUGCUUUCAAACACGAGAGAUUUUGGAUGCCAUGAACAAGGAUUGUGGGAUACCAUUAAACCAGUUACAGGUUGAUGGAGGAAUGACCAACAAUAAGGUUCUCAUGCAGCUCCAAGCUGAUAUUCUCUGCAUUCCAGUAGUAAAACCAUCAAUGCCUGAAACAACAGCACUAGGAGCUGCUAUGGCAGCAGGAGCUGCAGAAGGAGUUGGAAUUUGGAGUCUGGAUCCUGGAGACUUGACAGCUGUGACAUGUGAACGAUUUGAACCACAGAUCAAUCCUGAAGAAAGUGAAUAUCGCUAUGCCAGAUGGAAGAAAGCAGUGAUGAAAUCAAUGGGAUGGGAGACAUCUGAACCUCAUUCAAAUGGUGACACUAGUAUCUUCUGUAGUCUGCCUUUGGGUUUUUAUAUAAUGAGUAGCAUGCUAAUGUUUAUCGGAGCAAAGUACAUCUCAGGUACUAAUAAAUGAGGCCAUGUAAUGGAUUAUCAGGAUGCAGCCAGUUUGUGAAGAGAAUUGAGUUAUAUCUCCACAUCUGAUGGUACUGCCUGAAUGACUAGAUCACUUACAAACCAAUCUGUUGCCUGGUCCUUGAAUGACAUCCCAAGAGUGACUUGAAACAUGAAAUAAACUACUCUGCUCUUCCUCAUCUUUCCCCGUUUCUAAUUAUUCCAGCAGCCUUUGAAUGAACACUUUGGAAAGCCCUAACUUUGUUUUGAAAGUGGACAUGAAAAGAAUUUUAAGCUGUCUGAUAACUGUAGAGGCAUUCCUAUCCUGAUGUCUAGGACCUUGUUAUUUUAUAAUGCACUAUGAAGAGCUAUAAUAAUGCACUAUAGGAUCUUAUAAAACAGUCAUUUUUUCCAACAGUUGUUAUAUUAAUAGAUGGUUGCCAAUGAUAUGUUUUUAUUUAGUAGCCAUUAGACAGAAUAUCUUUAUUGGUGUAUACUUUUUAAAAACACUCAGUACAUCAUCAGUACCAGACAUUGUCACUAGUAUCUGCUGAUUUGAUGUCUGCAAACAUUGUUUAAUAUUUGAUUAAACAUUAAGUUGCUUAGUCUCUUGUAUGUGCAUAGGUGAUCAUCAAUAAGAUAUACUUAAAAUGCUAUGUCCUAUAAAUGUCUCUUGUAAGAAGGUAGGAAGAAUCAGCUUCUUUGGAGAAAACCACUUUUGUAUUUUGCUGGUUCAUGUUCUUUUGAAAGACCAAUUUUAUGCAUGCAUGCUGGUCACAGGAAAAGUCCUUAUUUCUUAACAGCUGAUAACAGUUACAGUUAAAUUGAUCCACAAUAUACCCUUGUUGGCCAGUACUGCAUGCCCUUUUUUUCAUCCUGAUUUUAGAGUACUUGGAUUAUUAUUUGCAAAAUUUGAGGAUAUUGCUGGUGUCUGUCCACAAAAAGGGCCACUCCAAAUGAAAUUGUUUGUUUCAUUGAGGUUGCCAUUACUGAUUUUCAUCUGGUGUAGUAUGAACACCAAAGUCUGCCUCUGAAUUGAAUUAAUCUGUUUUUGCUUAACAGUGUAUCCCAGAAUAGGCAGUUCACAAGCCAGGAUCCAGGUUUGGGGAUGUACAAACUUUGGCAUCUACAAAUACCAUUCACUUAAAUUGAGUUGUCAUUUUUUUUUAAAUUAACUUAAACUAAAUACCUAAUUUAGCAUAGGAAAAUUAAAAAGAUAUUAAUUUAUUUGCAUAAAGAUCCUGGAUAAGUUGACAGUUUCAACUGUGGUAGAGCAUAGAAAAUGUUUCUGUAUAGUUGUUUCACUGGAACAUAGAUAUCCUCUUGCCUAAUUGAUGAGAAGACAAAUGUGGAGACUUUCAAGAUAAUCGAUGACAAAUUUUGUGUUUAAAUAUACUAGGAGCUGAAGGGAGUGUGGAUUCUUUGUGUGUAAAAGAUUCUUCUUGUCUGUCUAAGGAAAGUAGUUAUCUUUAACAACAGUAUUUUUCUUCCUUUAAGCUAUAAAUGAAAAACUAAUAGAAAAUAUAGAGUACUGGAGCUGACUAGAAAUUCUCAUCUGUACAGUGUAUAUUUAAUGUUAACUGCAUAUGAUACUCCUUUUUAUCAAGUGCAAUGUAAUUUGAAAAUGUAAUCUUUUUUUAAAAGAUUGUGAAGGAAAACAUUUUUCCACUGGUGCAUGUAUGUAAUGAUAUUUUUAUAUAAUUGGGAAUUAGUUUUGUGUACAGGUGAAAAUACAAAAAAUGACUAUGCCCAAACACUAUUCACAAAUCCUUGUGCUGUAUGGAUGUACUCUGUAUGCUAAACACUUUCUGUAAAUACCUAGCAUUUGGGUAUAGCAAUCAAGGCUUCUGGUUUUCAUUUUGCACAGAGGUAUCUCUUAGUAGUCUCCUAUAAAAGGGAAAGCUGAAUUAUCAGCCAGCAAAAGUAAUCAGUUUUUUGGUUUUUUGCACAAUUCUUAGAUUUACUCAUUCAUUGAUUAUCUUUUUCUCCCCCCCAAGGGAUCAAUGUAGUACUAGCACUGUGAAGAACACAAAUCAAAAGCAGUGCACACCCGAGAAACCAGGCUUCUGGGUAGGAGUGGGAUUAUUUUUUGCCAAAAAUUACAUCUUAAAUCUUCAAAUAUUUUUCUGACAUUAGAAAAAUCUAAGCAGUAAGUAACAAACUUGGGCAUCAUAAAUUUCAGAGUGUUGCCUUUCCAGUGGUAUACCUCUGUUUCUGCAUACAGUGUUGAUUUUGCUGCUUUUGACACAUUGGGCCUCUUUCUAGAUGACAUUUCAACUGCUGUUUCAAUUGAGUAAAUGAGACUAACUUUGCUUCCAAUUGCUGUUGCAGAUAUAUAUAUAAUUUUUUUUUUUAAGUAUUUAAUACCACUGUUUAACUUUAUACCAAAAUAGCUUAAAUUAAUUGUAAAUAAUUGUGGAAAAAGUGUUCAAGUAACUUUUUGUGAAUGGAAAGUGGUCAUUUCCCCCCCCCCCCCCCCCCCCCCCCCCCAACCAUGAUUUCCAGAUUUAUAAAUUCUUACUAGAGAAACAUGCUGACUUGGUACUGCUGUCCAAUACUAUGGUCAUGAAUAAAUUGGCUUAAGAUA